AUGAAACAACCAUUCCUGGAAAUUCAAGGCCAUAAAAGUGUUGGUGGGAGGAUGUUACAUUGUAAAACCUUCUAUGGUUACAAAAUUACAGAUUUAAAAAGACAGUAUAUUGAAGGCGAUUGUGGUAUGUGUAUAGUUGAGUUCGGAGAUGGAUUCGCACAGAAAAAGAUUGAGGUGAUCUGUUGGGAAUCGUUGCGGUUUGGAGAUAAACGAAAGUUACAUAAACCGUUGACGUGUCUCAUAUUUGCUAAUCGAGAAGUAGAUGACAGAUUGAAACUAAUGGAAGAAGUCAUAUCUUUUGCAAGACAGACCAAAUUGCCUUGUCAUUUUGUAGGAACAAGAGUUUUACUGAUCUGUGAUUCUACCGAUAUUGCUUUCAUCCACUACGAGACAGAUAAAGUAAUAAUUAUUGUACGUUGA